AAGAAUCGGAAGGAAGCACUGCAGAAAUCGUUGUGAAAUUAAAUAGUGAAAAUUAUAUUAAAAAAGAAGUCAUUAUAAAUUGCCAUCUAGUUUUGUUAUUAUUUUAAAUAAAAUGCCUCGAAAACCGUGCUAUUGGACGCGUAAACUUGAACUAGAAUUGGUGGAAUUCGUUCGUCAGCGGGAGUUCAUAUGGAAGCCCAUCGGCAACACAAACCACCAUAUCCAAAAGAAAUAUAAAGCCUACGCGGAGUUCGCAGCGAAGUUAGGAAUAGGAUGCGAUUUUACAGCUCGUUCUGUCAGGGAUCGCUGGGUGAACAUCAGAAGCACCUUCAACCACAACCUCAGGAGAGUUGACAAAUCCAAGGAGACAGCACAAUCUGCAUCAGAUGUCUUCGUACCCUGUUGGCCUCUAUGGAAACCAUUGCAGUUCUUGAGAGAUUCCACAAAAGAAGAUGGAGCUAAUUAUGAUGACUUCCCAAUGCAAGACUUCAAAGACUUAGCAUCCAAAAUAGAAGUGAAGGUGGAAUCACAACCAGAGUACGACACUGCACUAAACAUAAGACAGAGGGGAGAGCGGACAAACCGACCUAGAAGAAAAACAGUUAAAACGUUGAGCCACUCAAGCAACUGUAAAAGGGUUUUGGAUAAACUAAUUAAAAGUAUGACACCUUUAUUGAAUACUAGUACAGAAAAAUCACAGUACUGGUUCUUUGGACGGCACAUUGCUGAAAGACUUACUGCUAUGAGAAAAGUGGACGCCGAAUGUGCCAGUCGAGAAAUUCUACAGCUUUUGAAAAACCAUGACACUUUGAAGUCUAAGGCUGACUUACAAAUAAGUAAUAUGCUUGUGGCAGAGUGAACUA